AUGGCUUCCCGCCAGCUGUCAGCCCUGCUCCUAGUCCUGGCGCUCACCGCCCAGGCGGCGUCCGCUAACUACGUGGGUUACGUCGACCCGUGCUCUGGAAGUACCACGAACAAGUGCAGUGCGGCGGCGCUGGGAACAUACAACCCGCCUGGACUUACGAGCUGCAACGGAAUUAUCGUGAGCUGCUACACUAGUUACACCAAUGACGGCAAAUGCGGGAGCACAAAAGACACCACCUGUCCGGCGUGCGUCGUUAGCGGGAACACGGUGACUCUUAGUUGCACCAACAAACCCUCGGGCGGCCAGUGUGCCAACACAAACCCUGUCCAAUACAGCGGGACAGCUGUCUGUGGCGACCCGCACUUUGCGGCCCCCGGCGGCAUCUUCUUUGACUGGCACGGCGUGCGCGACCAGGUCUUCAGCAUCAUCUCUGACACCAACUUCCAGUUCAACGCCCGGUUCAUCGGCGAGCGCACCGACACUCAGAACGUCGAGCACGGCACCUGGAUGGAGGUAAGCCAAGGGCCCAUCCUUUCGAAGGGAUCCCUCCCGGGUUUCGCUCUGACGAGUUUGGCCCCCUACCUCCUGCCCCCCCCUCCUGCUUCUCCGCACUUCUCGGGUAGACGGGACGGAUGGAAUGACCAGAAUCCAAACUUCAACCUGUCUCUGGCUUGUAAUUUUGUGCGGGUCGAAGGGAAAGGAAGAAUCUGA